GUCCCUUCCCCACUGUGCCUGUCAUCCACCCUCGCACACACAUCCCCAGCACCCUCCUCAGUCUGCCGCCUGUCCCUUUCCCACUGUGCCUGUCAUCACCUUCCCACAUCCCCGGCACCCUACUCAGUCUGCCGCUUGUCCCUUCCCCACUGUGCCUGUCAUCACCCCCUCACAUCCCCAGCACCUUUUUAGUCUGCUGCUUGUCCCCUCCCCACUGUGCCUGUCAUCCACCCGCUCACAUCCCCAGCACCCUCCUCAGUCUGCCGCCUGUCCCUUCCCCACUGUGCUUGUCAUCACCCUCCCACAUCCCCAGCACCCUCCUCAGUCUGCCACCUGUCCCCUCCCCACUGUGUCUGUCAUCACCCCCUCACAUCCCCAGCACCCUCCUCAGUCUGCCGCCUGUCCCCUCCCCACUGUGCCUGUCAUCACCCCCUCACAUCCCCAGCACCCUCCUCAGUCUGCCGCCUGUCCCCUCCCCACUGUGCCUGUCAUCCACCCCCACACACACAUCCCCAGCACCUUCCUUAGUCUGCAGCCUGUCCCCUCCCCAGCGUGCCUCUGUGGCAUUCUGUAUCUCAAGGUAGCACCCUGGAACCUCCAUAUUCACCCCUGUGAUAAGAGUAGGAUCACUGUUUUGUACAAAGUCUGCCUUGUGAGGUUUCAUUUUAAAAGCCUUAAUCUGUUGAACAUUAAUAUCCUGUGGGAUUGGAUGUGCUAUUGUUACAUAUGAAGUUAUGAAGUAUUGCUGUAUGCGUCACUGACAUAUGUUGUGAAGUUGGGAACACCCACAGCCAGCCUUUCGGUUACAACAAAGGAGUAGCCAUCAAUACCCCGAGGACGUUAAUGACUCAUCAACGCCUGGGUCAGUAGCCCAGAGGAGGCACAUACACUAUAGGAGGAGACUAAUCCACAUUACAGCAAAUAUCUUUCCAGCAAGCUGGAAGAUAUCACUUGACCCCUUCCCCCCAUCUCAACAUCUGGAAGCACGUCUGAAAGACAACGGCCCCAGGCUAGAAGAUGGUCCCAGGCUUUGCAUUGAGGAGCUGUAACCUACUUUGACCAGCUGUCAGGAUGCCGGUGACCUUCGAGGAAGUGGCUGUGUAUUUCACCCAUGGGGAAUGGGCCUUGCUGGACCCGGGUCAGAGAGCCCUGUACAGGGAUGUCAUGCAGGAGAAUUACAGGAAUGUGACCUCGCUGGGUUUUCCAAUUCCCAAGCCCAGCGUGAUCUCCCAGUUGGACAGAGGGGAAGAGCCAUGGGUCUCUGAUCUCCAGGGGUCCCAGGCUAGAGAGAUCCAGAGAAACAUCCCCAGAGCAGGUGAUGAAACAGUGAGUGAGAGCAAUGAAGAGAAUCCUUGUCCCGCAGGCCGUGAGCGAAUGGAACCAAAGGGGAUGUUGCUGGGAAGGUGUGAAGGGGAUGAUUCACAGAGUCCUGGGCAGGCCAGAGAAACUCAGUGUAGGCCAGAGAAGCAGCAGGGAAACCCCCCAGGGAAGACACUGGGUGAAUCCACUCACCUAGAGGGAUGUUUGAAAGAUCCCAAUGUGGCCACGAUCCAGGCGAGAAUCUGCACUAAGGAGAAGCGGUUUGAAUGUGCCGAGUGCAGGAAACGCUUCAGUUCUGGAUCACACCUUGUUAGACAUCAGAGAUCUCACACAGGAGAGACCCCCUAUCACUGCCCUGAGUGUGGGAAACAAUUCAAUGACCAAUCAAACCUUAUUAGACAUCAGCGAACCCACACAGGAGAGAGACCCCACAAGUGCCCUGACUGCGGGAAAUGCUUCAGUCAGAGGUCAGGCCUUAUUGUACAUCAGAGAAUCCACACAGGAGAGAAAUGCCAUAAAUGCCCUGACUGUGGACAAACCUUCACUCAGAGUGCACAUGUAACUAGACAUCAGAGGAUUCACACGGGCGAGAGACCCUAUGGAUGCCCAGAGUGUGGAGAAAGCUUUGCUUGUACCUCAGACCUUAUUAUACACCUGAGAGUCCACACGGGGGAGAAACCCUAUAGCUGCCCCGACUGUGGACAAAGCUUCACUCAGAGUCAUCACCUUACUGACCAUCGGAGAAUUCACACAGGUGAGAGACCCUAUGCCUGCCCCGACUGUGGGAAGAGCUUCAGACAAAAAUCUGGUUUCAAUGUCCAUCGGAGAAGGCACACAGGAGAGUGCCCCUAUCAAUGUUCCAUCUGUGAGGAAAGGUACAAGACCAAGACUUCCUUAAUAUUCCACAUGAAACUCCACAUCGACUAGUGCCGGCCACUUCCCCUCCUUUUCUCUCUGCGUCUGUAGAGAUGGGGGGAAUCAUGAGGAUAAUAAAGAGUUGUCCAACGCCCUAGGGAGCCAAGUGGCUCCACUGUUGACGUGUGUGCUGUGUGUCUCAGGAGGAUGGAGGCACCGGGAGUGUGACAUUAUUAUUACUGUAUUGCAUUGUUCUCUGACCCGCUCUCAUCCCUUCCCGGCGCUCUCUGUCAGGGGCAGGCCGAAGGGUUCAGCUGGGUUUCCUGGUCCCUGUUUUCAACCAGGGGCUCAGUUCACAUUGUUGCACACUGGGAUUAUUCUGGAAAUUGCCGCCCCGGGAGGCAUUUUACCCCUGUUUCAGUGUGGGGCAGUGGGGAGAGGAGGGGUCUGAAAUUUCUGGGAAGUCGGGUGUCUGUGGAGUCUUUAUUGCUCAUUGAAUGAUUUUGUCAGUGUUGUUCAGUUAUUUGUUCCCUCCCUCCAAAUAAGAUGCAAAUAAAACUUCUGGCAAAUCCCA